GUGGACCGGGCACGAAAACACGGAUUGGACGAAUUUGUCAGUGUAGAAUCGUGGCGUGUCAAUCAUGCAGAUCUAUUCCGUCUCCUACAGUCGCACUCUCUUGAGCAUCGAAUGAAAGAUCCGUAUGUGUCCCUGGGCUGGUUCAGUCCGAGCCAGAUGUUUAUUCUGGACGAAUAUUGUGCCCGCUACGGGGUCCGUGGAUGUCAUCGACAUUUGUGCUACUUGUCCGAUCUGCUCGAUCGAGCUGAACACGGGAUCAUGAUCGAUCCAGCACUGAUUCACUAUUCGUAUGCUUUCUGCUGCUGUCACGUGUUUGGAAACGCACAAGAUUCCAACAUUCGCACCGUGCUUCACGAGGAGCGAGAAAUGUUCAUCCAGAUCCGACAGAGGUUGUACGCGUUACUCGAGAAGCAAAUUACCGAAUUCCGAUAUUACUUCCCGUUUGGACGUCCCGAAGGAGCAUUGAAAUUGACUCUUGGGCUACUGGAACGAGUUUUAAUGAAAGACACAGGAGCCCCUGCAUCUGCGGAAGAAGUUCGUGAGGUAAUACGCCGAUGUUUGGAACAAGCAGCUUUUGUAAACUACACUCGAAUAUCCGAGUAUGCUGCGAUCGAAAAAGAGGCUUUUGUGGUCCGAUUUCCACUGAUUCACUACGAGUCAGCGAUUUCCAAACGCGAUUAA